GGUCGCGGACACUAGCGAAACAGUCACGUGUGUACUGUACCUCGAAAGAUGCGGUGAUGUUCCGUUCAACUGCUUCGAAUAACAUGUGAGCAAAUAUGCUGUCGCUGUGCCAAUUAAACCGCCGAACCUUUGUUUUGUAACCGAGAAUUUAAAAAUAUCAAAUGAAAUAUUGGUCAAAAAAGCAUAAUCACCUGCUAUACAUUGUAAUGGCUAUUCUCCAAUCCUGCUGUUGUUUUCAGUCACUAAGAACUGGAUGUUAUGCCAGUGCCAUUUAUGCCAUGGUUUAUUUUAGUCUCAACACUGGUAUUAUAGGAUUUUUUUUACACAUCGAAAGACCUUACUGGACUGGUAAUGGUACUGCACCUCAAAGUAAAAGUUUUUUAGAACCAGAAAUAAUUUCUGAAAUAACUGUAAUUUUUCACAUAGUUGUUUUGUUUUGCGGAGGUUUCGGCUUAUUGACUUGUAUAAUAUUGUUGCUGGGCAUAUACUUUGACAUCAAAGUUUUAUUUUUACCUUGGAUUUUUGCUAUGAUCACAGCGACUGCAAUGGACAUCGCGUAUUCUGUUUAUUUGUUCAGAUUGGAUACAGUCGAGUUCACUCCACUUACUGCAAUUUUAUACACGACUGACUUUUUCCUAUUAACAUUAAACGUACACUCCGUUCUCUGUGUGAUAUCACAAUUUCAAGAACUAACGGCUGGAAGGGGUACUGCAAAUUUCGAACAAACCCUGAAGAUAUCGUCAGUGCGGUACACCUGUCAGCCGACGGCUACAAGUUGUCUUAGUUCUAAACGGCCGAUUACAAUGCCAUCUCCAACACAAAGCCCUACAAAAACAACGGGCACGGUAAUUGGUUCAUCAAGUAUUGGUUCACGUAGGGGAUCUAAAAAACACGUACAGUUUCCUGACCUAGAUGCCACUAAUUUAAAAUCUAGUGACUUAUUGCACGCUAAUUGGAAACAGGGCGUGUCAACCCCAUCAGACAUAUCUAAUACAACAGGUAACCACAUGUCAACAAAAUGUAACAUUUUUAUACUUUUUCAGAUUCAUCAAAUCCAGUCAAUAACAACCGAACAUAUGAUUUGAAUGUAGAAGCUCUGAUAAUUACCCAAAACUAUCCAAAACCAUUUGUCACUCAUUUAUAAUGUGUACAUUUCAAUACUUUUUAUGAAUGCGCCCUUUGUAUAAUAUCUUAAUGAGGCAUAGAUACAUUGUUUAAACUUGUAUAUUGAUGUACACCUAGUGAUAACUUGUUUGAAAACUAUUAACAAGUUUCGCUUCAGCGCGUAGGAGGUAUAUUAUGUAAAAGUAAGACAUUUAUGAAAUAGUUAUAUAUUUAAUUAAAAAAAUAUUCUUACUUUUAAUAAUAUUUACUGUACAUUUAUAUUUUACAAAUAAAUUUUGUUGUACAUAUUAUUUUUAUGACUUUUGUUUUAUUAUGAUUAGAUGUAUAACCAGGAUAUAAUUUGGGACACCCGAAAUAAAGAUUCUU